AUGAAGUUCUUCGCUACCAUCAUGGGCGCUGCCCUCGUCGCCACCAGCGUCUCUGCUCAGCAAGCUGUUGUCAAGAACAACUGUGCCGCUCCCAUCUACGUCCAGUCGUUCCCCUACGACGGCAGCGCGACCGGCCCUCUCACCACCGUCCAACCCGGCCAGUCCUUCUCGGAGGACUUCCGCAAGUCCGGCUCGACCGUCAAGGUCGCCAAGACCAAGACCCUGACCAGCCCCCUGUUCUUCGGCUACUCGUUCUCGACCAACCCAGACUACGCCUACUACGAGCUGAGCACAGAGUGGGGCAACCCCUUCGCCGACCAGCGCAACAUCCUGACCCCCGGCGACGGCUGCGAGCUCUUCAACUGCGCCGCCGGCCAGGCCGGCUGCUACAGCACGCCCGCCAUGAAGAAAGUGUACGGCUGCCCACAGCCUGUCAACCUGGACGCUACCAUCUGUGCUUAA